AUGUCCGAUCCAAUUGUUCACUUCCAAGGCAGCAAUCAAGAUCUACUCAGCAGGAUAAAGGAAGCUUCUGGUUUAGUAGUUGUAGAUUUCUUUGCAACUUGGUGUCCACCAUGCCAAUACCUUGGCAAGAUACUUCCAUCAAUUUCACAAGAUAACAAAGACGUCACAUUCAUUAAAGUUGAUAUAGAUCAAAAUGAUGAUGCUACAACAGCCUUCAAUGUUUCAUCGAUUCCAUCUCUUUUCAUCAUGAAGAAGGAUGGUGACGAAAUUACUACGCUUGAUCAUUUUGUUGGUGCAGAUGUAGCUCGUAUCAUGCUUGAUAUCUCGAAAUUCAAAUAA